GGUCGGUUGACACUUUUAUAUGUGUUUUACAUUUUAAUGUGACAUGACAAGUGACAUUUCAAUAAUGUAUAUUUUUGAUGUUUUGAUAGUAGAUUCUAAAGGAUAUAAAAUAUCUACGUGUGCAUAACAUAAUUUAAAACUUAUUUUUCAUACUAAAAUUACUAUAAAAUAAAACUUACUCAUGGAAGGCUAUUUAUUGGAACCUACUUUAUACACCAUAAAAGGUAUCGCGAUUUUGGAUAACGAUGGAAAUAGAAUCCUGGCUAAAUACUAUGACAAAAAUGUAUUUCCUACAGCCAAAGAACAAAAAACGUUUGAGAAGAAUCUAUUUAACAAAACCCACAGAGCUAAUGCAGAAAUAAUAAUGUUAGAUGGGUUAACUUGUGUAUAUAGGAGUAAUGUCGAUCUGUUUUUCUAUGUUAUGGGUAGCUCACAUGAAAAUGAGCUAAUACUGAUGAGUGUAUUGAAUUGUUUGUAUGAUUCCGUCAGUCAGAUCUUAAGAAAAAAUAUGGAGAAGAGGGUAGUUUUAGAAUCGUUAGAUAUAGUUAUGUUAGCAAUGGAUGAAAUAUGCGAUGGAGGGAUUAUCAUUGAUGCAGACUCUAAUUCAGUGGUAUCCAGAGUUGCAUUGAGAAAUGAUGACAUUCCAAUUGGAGAGCAAACUGUAGCUCAGGUGUUUCAAUCCGCCAAAGAACAGCUGAAAUGGUCUUUAUUAAAGUAAGAUGAAG